GUGUCCCGGUGGUUGUGUCUGAGGUGGCACAGGAAGCAGCGGCCUUGGUGUUGGCAGGAGUGGCACAGGAAGCAGAGAAAGACAAGAAACAGAACUAAGAAGAGCGAUCAAACCGAGGAGGCUGAUG